CCCGCUUUGCGUACCAGCGUUGCUGGGGCGACGCGUGUUGUUGUUCGGCCGCCGGAUUGCUAGUAGUUUUACCUUUGCGUCCCCAGCCGGGAAAACUUCACCGCCUGGGCGCCGCGGGCGGCACUCACGGAGACCCCCUCGGCAAGCGGUGCUUGCAGACCCCAGUCAUGAGGAACACGAGCAAAGAGCUACACGGCGCCACAAACCGUUAUGCACCCUGCGAUUGGUAUUACCAUCUUCCAGUGAAGCGGUCCGAGAAGGCUGUGGACGCCCCACCCGCGUCGCAGAUCCCAGGUCUUAGUGAGGUUGGAGACACACAAAAUGGGAACACGUUUGGGACUCGUAGAUACUGGAUAAAAGAAACAGACUCAGAAUAUAUCAAGCUCGCGAAACAAGGCGGCAGGCCUGAUCUGCUGAAGCACUUUGGCCCUGCAACCCAGAAAGGCUCCCCAGUGACGUACUCAAUGCCAGACUGGUACCUCCACCACAGCAAACCCCCAACGGCCAACCAGAGAGAAGUCCCUUUUACCUCUAUGCCAGAUUACAUGGUGCAUGAAGAAUUUAACCCCAAUCAGGCCAACGGGAACUACGAGUCCAGAAGAGGGCCCUUCGACUUUGACAUGAAAACAGUUUGGCAGAGAGAGGCCGAGGAACUUGAAAAGGACAAGAAAAAGGUGAGGCUGCCAGCUAUUACCUCAAAGCAUCCAAGCAAAGUGGGAACCCCUGUCACCUCCAAAGAGACUUCUGGGAAUAGAAUUUCCUUUCCUCCAAUGCCUGGUCAAAAAACCAGUUCACCAACAAACUUUUCCAAACUUAUUAGCAAUGGUUAUAAGGAUGAGUGGUUACAGCAGCGAGCGGAUUCAGAGAAGAGGACCCCGCAGACAUCAAAAACGUCCACAUCAUCUCGGUCCCCGGAGAACCCUGAAGGACAGCAGGACCCAGAGGCACUCCCAGACCCAGACGUCCCUGAGGGAUCUCAGAGAGAUGAAGAGUCUUCUCCUCCAAGUGCGGCGGCAUCUCUGUCUGCUUCAACACCCGAGGAGCUCAAAUGAACCCUAACAUUCUAAGUGUUUAGGAUAGUUAUUUUAAUGCAUACAGCUGAUAUGGCUGUGUCACAGCUAUAUUUACAAGGUUCUCGUUAUAUUUUAGUAAUAUAGGUUCUUAUGAUAUAAUUCACCUUGUAGUAGAUUUGACAUCCUUGUAGCAUAGAUUGUGCAUUUGUUGAGUUUAUAUCUUGAAUUUUUCUGGGAUGUGACAUGUGGUCAAGAAACACAACUAAGACCAUUGCUGCCUUUUGCCUUGCUGACCUGAGGAUGUCCCAGGAUCUUAGAACCAGUCAUUUCCUCCCUGGUGUAUCGUUAUCUGGUAUCACUUCUUACUGCUGGACCACUGUUUGGUGGUGUUGCUAUUGAAAUUGAUUGUUUAGACUCUUUAACUAGAAGAAACUCAGAGAACAAGCUUUGAGCCUUUUCCAUUAUUUGAUCCUGUAACCUUUUUAGAAAUAAUUUUUCUGUUACAAGAAAUGUUUACUUCCAGAAUACUGUGAUAUGGCUUAUAUUAGGAAAAUAGAUUUUAAUUUAUUAUGCCUUAAAGUUUUAAACACUUAAUAUAAGAAUAUUGUAGCCUUUGCUAGUUUUAAAAUUUUGCUAAUACCUUUUGCAUAAACUGAAAUCCAGAAUAUUAAACAUUUAUUAUUUUGUAUUCUUUAAGCAGCAAAUGUUUAAUUUUAAUAUUUUCAUUUAAUAGACUUAAACAUUUUUAAUAAUCAGAUUGAAUUAUCUUGUUUUGUAAAUUUUGUUACUAUUUAUAUAUACAAGUAAUUAGAAUGUAGUUUAUAUUUUGUAUAUUUAAUUCAUUAGUAAAAUAAACGUUUUUCUGCAGGAAGAUUUCAGAAAGCCAGAUAAAGUCAUAGAUAUUUUAGCUUCUUUCCCAGAAUAAACUUAUCAUGCACUUGCUCACCUAAAAUUUAAAAUUUGUAAAUUAGUUCUUUAAAUGAGAUAUUUAAUUGUGCCCAUAUAUCUAUAUUAUUAUAGCAAACAGAUAUUACUAUGGGAGAAUGUAUGAAAUGUGAAAGGCUGUAUAUAGUGAAUAAAAAUAAUUACUAUUGAAUAAAAAGAAUUAUACCAUUGCAGUAAGGCAUUCAUUUAUUUCCUCUUUUCUCUUUUCUGCCUUUCUCCACCCCAAUUCCUGACAUCCUCUAGUUUGGUGAAAAAUCACCAGGAAUAGGCUGCUUCGAACUCUUUCUUUUUUUGUGGGUUAUUAUAGGAACUGAAAUUUGUGGUUUAGACAAGUAGAGGGCAAAACUUGGAAUAAGGAAGACCUAGGAUCAGAUCCUUGGCUAUACACACACACUCACACAUGCACUCAUAUACACGC